UGGCCACUGCACUUGCGCCUACGACUCUACGGGGCGCGGGCGUCGGGAACGCGCCUCCUCCGUGGCUCGCGCAGCCGCGGGGACUCCGUGGAAACCGUAGGCGAGCGAGGGAGGAAGGCGGGAGGCAUGAAGAAAGGGGCUUCCUGCGAGCGGAAACCGGCGUGGAUGCCGUCGGGGAAGGCGGGAGCACCAAAUGGAUUUCUUAUGGAAGUGUGUGUAGACUCGGUGGAGUCGGCCAUGAAUGCAGAAAGAGGAGGUGCUGGUCGGAUUGAACUAUGUGCUGGCUUAUUGGAGGGAGGAACCACACCCAGCAUGGGUAUUCUUCAAGUAGUAAAACAAAGUGUCCAGAUUCCAGUUUUUGUCAUGAUUCGACCACGGGGAGGUGAUUUUUUAUAUUCAGAUCGUGAAAUUGAAGUGAUGAAGGCUGACAUUCGUCUUGCCAAGCUUUAUGGUGCUGAUGGCUUGGUAUUUGGGGCAUUGACUGAAGAUGGACACAUUGACAAAGAGCUGUGCAUGUCUCUUGUGGCUCUCUGCCGUCCUCUGCCAGUCACUUUUCACCGAGCCUUUGAUAUGGUUCAUGAUCCAAUGGCAGCUCUGGAGACCCUCCUGACUUUGGGAUUUGAACGUGUUUUGACCAGCGGAUGUGACAGUUCAGCACUUGAAGGACUGCCUCUAAUAAAGCAACUCAUAGAUGAGGCAAAAGGCAGGAUUGUGGUGAUGCCAGGAGGUGGCAUAACAGAUAAAAAUCUGCAGAGGAUUCUUGAGGGUUCAGGUGCUACAGAAUUCCACUGUUCUGCUCGAUCUUCUCGAGACUCAGGAAUGAAGUUCCGAAAUUCCUCUGUUGCAAUGGGAGCUUCACUUGCUCAUUCAGAAUAUUCUCUAAAGGUAACAGAUGUGACAAAAGUAAGGACUUUGUAUGCUAUUGCAAGGGAUAUCCUAGCUUAACUUCUCCCAGAGACGUGGAAUCACACUGUGAAGACUGAAGCAGAACCUUCAAUUCUCCACAUGGCCAUGGAGUGUGUUUCCAAGAAGAAAAAGAAAUUGGAACAGCAAUGUAAUCCUUUUCUCUGCCAGUCAUUGCUGUCAUGGUGGCUAAAUUUAGCCUGUGCUUCUUCCUCAGGGAAUCCACUGAUAAACUGGCAAAGGUCAACUCUAAGGUAUGAAAUCAGAUUUGGUGGAGAGUCAGUUUAGUCCACUUUUUUUGCAUUUUCAUUUGUAAAAUAAAAAUCCUCAUUCUGUUGU